UCCGUUGCAUGUGUAUGUACUGCACGUAGGUAUUUAUAUACUAUUACGAAAAUUGUUUGUGUUAACCUUUUAUAAAUAGGUUGUAGAAACAAAGAACCCGACGAAAAGUUUUCUCCAGAGCGCAAUUUGUAUUACAUUGUGUCCUCCUUGACCAUGAUGUGAUUUAUUAUCUAACCAUCGCGAAGUGAAAGCGUUCAAACCUAGACGACGGAAUUCGGAAUCCGUUUACGCUUCAUUAUUUUCAUGUGUCUUCAAGCAGAGAUGCCAAUUUCGCGUGUUUGUGUAACACUGAUUGCCAUAACGACGAACCCCUUCUAUCCGGUUUCUCACACAGAUCCACUUGGCUUUACGACGUGAUCUGACAUAAUAAGUCUCUUCCAGACCAGGUACACACGGCCUUGUUUGCCAGCAGCACUUUUUCAUUACAUCUCAGCCAACCAACUUAUUUAACUUAAUUGAUAUUAAGUGAAAGCACAUCCAGCAUCCUUCGAGACGGAACCCUUGCCCUGAUCUGAGCAUUAUAAUCUCGUUUUAUGCAUGUGCAACAGUUUUCAAAGUCUCAGUAUACGAUCGGCACUCCAACGCGGAGCAUCUCUGCAGUCGCUCCUCCCAAUAAAAAAAUCACGACACAGUAGAAAAUCAUUAUGGUUUGUGCAACCAUAAAUCAAACACUAAGCUCCAACGAGGCGGAGUUUAACGACAGCUUAAUUAGUCCGUCGGCGGAUGACCUUAUUUUGAAUAGAUACAUGGACGUCGUCGUUGUGACCGUGUUAGGGUUGUCGUUCAUUUUUGCAGAAACUUGUGCAUUCCUUGUCGUCCUGAAACGUAAAAAGAUCCGUCAAGUAAUUAGUCCAUCUUCCUUCUUCAAUUUGCAUGCUUCUCUCCUCUUCGUCGUUCUGAGCCCGACUCUUCGUCUAAUGAGACAACUUCACAUCAUUCCAUGCAAUCCUGGUGAAUGGAGCUGUGGUGUUUGUGGUGUUGGGAUUCGAACUCUUGUCUCAAUUUAUCCAUUCUGCAUGGUCGUAAUCUUCUCUGAGCUGACAAAGUCGAGAGAAAGCAAGUCUCUUCCGUGCUGCUUUCUCCUCUUUAUUCCAUGGGUAAUGGCCAUUCUCGUCUCACUCCCGGUAUUUUGGACAUACGUCUACAUUCAGGAGCAACCUGGAUUGCAGAACGGUGGGACAUGUGCCAGGAUCAUCCUCCUGGGUUCUCCCCUGGCGUAUUACGGAUAUGAGUCAAUUUCCGUGUUUCUGAGAUUUGUGGCACCGUCGUCUUACAUGAUUUACGCAAUGCGUCGAAUUGGAUUUUGACUGGAAUUUCUAUUCAUCUUUAAGCCAAUACCUGCCAAUAUUCCGAUAAAUCAGAUUCGUCGCGUCCGCUUUGUGUUUUAUCACAUGAUCUUUUUUAUAAUCACCUGGGUCCCCGUGGGGACUUUCAACCUGAGUCACGUACUCACCCACCUGCCAUCCUUUUGCCCAGUUGUGGAAAAGCCGGAUAAAAUUGUGGGCAUCUCUUUCAGCGUCAUGUUCCUCCUACAGACAAUUUUUCAACCUUUUCUCUACUUCAUUACUGUGUAUGACACUCCGUUAUCGGAUUAUUUUCAGAGCAUUAUGUCCGCUCUGUUCUCAGAAGAGAUGGCAGGCGAGUGAAACGUGCGUUCCUAUCAAGUACAAUUUCCUUUAAGGACAUUGAAAUAUAAAGGGUUUUAGAGACUUACAUGAAUAUGCAAUUAGCUUAAAAUGAUUCUACCGUAUUCCUAAGUAUUGAAUUGAUAUCAAUUUGUCAAGCAUGAAUUAAAAACCAUUUACGAUUUGUACCCAAUAAAGCAGAAUCAACAUUUGAGAAA